AUGGAUCUUGCCAACACGCUCAUUCGGAGCGUGGUCCGAGCCUUUUAUGAGACCCGCCACAUCUUGGUAGUCGAUGCGCUUUUCCUCCACUCGGUUCUGCACGCAGAAGAUCUUGCUUUUGUGAUGGGAAUGCAGCAGAAAGAUCUCCGCAAGCUAUGCGCUCGAUUACGCGAGGAUCGCCUGAUCGCAGUAAACACACGCGCCGAGAUUCGCGAUGGCUCGACUCGUCCUGUUAACCGCGAAUAUUAUUACAUCCCACUCCACCCAGUGAUCGACGCAAUCAAGUACAAAGUCUCGAAAUUGACAUCCACGAUCAAAGCGCAAUACACACCUAGUGAAGAGCGGAAGGAAUACAUCUGUCUCCGCUGUGGGGCCGAAUGGACCGAGCUGGAUGUUUUGAGUCUUGUCUCGGAUGAAGGCUUCGAGUGCCAGAACUGCGGGGCCAUACUCGAGCGAACAGAAGAUGUCAAGGGCGUAGAAGGCAUCGAUCGUACCGGCCACGAGAAGAACAGCAAGCUUAUGGCUCAGCUGGACAAUAUGCUCAAAUUGCUGAAGCAGAUCGAUUCCGUCGAAAUCCCGCCAAACGAUUUCGAUACGGCCUGGGACCACAAAGUUGAGAUUGCCCGCAACCAGAACACACACCCUGUUCGUGCUGCGAUCGCCGUCGCACCCAGACAACAAGACGUCACACGGGCCAACGUCAAAACAGACGCCGCGAACCUGGAGAUCUCCCUCACAUCAACAGAGGAGAAGAGCGCCGCCGAGCAAGCCGAGGAAGCCGCCCGCAAAGCAGCUGUGGAGAAACAGAACCAGCUCCCCGUGUGGCACACCGAGUCUACCGUCAACCGAGAAACAGUUGGCGACGGCCAGAUUAAGAACGAGGCUGGCGUACCGGUCAAAGCAGAGCUGGGAGACGAAGACCAGAAGCCCAGCCUGGACGCACUGGACGACAAGGUCGCCGCCUACUACGCCGAGAUGGCACGCGAACAGGCCCUGCAAGCCGAGGAAGAUGCCAGCAGUGGCGAAGAAGACUCCGACGAAUUCGACGACUUUGAAGAUGUCGGUGUUUCCGGCCAAAGUGGUCCUGCCACCCCCGCAACAGCACCGGGUCCAACGAGUGCUCCUACGCCUUCUUCUGCUGUAGCUGGUGUCAAGCGUGAGCUCGAUACGGCAUCGAGUGCGGCCCCUUCUUCUGUUGGGACUCCGUCUACUCCUGCUGAUGAUGAGCCUGCGGCUAAGAAGAUUAAAAUGGAAGGUGUCACCUCUGAGCCAGCUAUCAAACAAGAAGAUGCUGUUAAGGCUGAGCCGGAUUCGAAAGAUGAAGAGUCGGAUGAGGAUGAGGACGAGUUUGAGGACGUAUGA